GAUUGUCUCCCUUAGCGAUCCUCAAAUCGAAAGAUGGUCAAGGCAUUUCGCAAUUUUCAGAUUAAAUAGUGUGAAACGCAAUUCAGUCAACCCUGAAAUGGCUGGCUGUCUACCACAACAACAGAAGAAGUCAGCAGUGGACGCCGAGUCGAUGUCAGGCAUUGACAAUAUGAAUACUCGGACCCAAGAUGUUGUUGACAAAAUAUUCGGCGAAUAUACAAGUGACUUGUGGGAGGUCUUCAAACGGUACGACCUUGGAGAAAACAAGCUGCCAAUCUCCAUCCUCAGACGUGCCUUCUGUGAGCUGAACCUCUACCCUUCAUACUCUCAAGUUCUAGAGAUGGUGCACUGUGCAGUCGAGUAUGGCAGUCCCUGCGUUCCUGAUCACAUCACUUUCGGGGAGUUCUGCGUUCUGGUCGAUGAGCUUCAAUAUCACUAUGAGAGAGGCAUUGCUCUCCCCCAACCACGGUCCAUGUUAAAAAACAAACCAGACGCGUACGAGAUAAGAAGAAAAAGAAAAGAGAGUCUACAGGCUAAUUUCCAAGUGUUUCUGGGUGGGUCAUGUUCUGGUACAACAUGGCGACAGGAAAAAGCCAUCCCAUAUCUCAAACUUCAGUCGCUGACAUUCUACAAUCCCGUAGUAAACAACUGGAGACCAGAGCUGAUUGAGUUGGAGGACCGGGCUAAACAGGCAGCUCAGCUUCUGUUCUUCAUGAUUGACAAUCAUACGAGGGCCGUGGUGUCCAUGGUGGAAGUGGCAUAUCUAGUCGGUUCCCGUCGGCAAGUGGUGCUGGUCUAUAACGACUCGUGGGAGAAAGUCAUACUUAAUGGAGAAUGUCCCUCAUCACGGGAACUUGGAGACAUUGUGCGAGCUCGGACAGUUUUGAUUGAUAUCGUUGAGAGAAACGCGAUACCAGUCUUCACAAACAUUCACAAAGCUCUGCAGUGUACAGCUACUGGGCUGAAACAGAAUAUGCGGGUCCAAGAUUUGGAAAUAAACCAUGGAGCACAGCCUGUCAAAUUCGGCCACACACAAGUUGGGUCCGCUCUGCUGAAACUGAGAGAGACUUUUAAUUCCAUCAGUUCUAAUAUCGGAGGAAAGAUGACCAAAGAAGAUGUCAAACUGGGCUACAAAUGCUAUUCAGGACUGGAACUGGACAUGAAGUGGCUCAAUCAGCAGCGUCCAGUGCAAGAUUCCUUCUCUUUUGAGGAGUUCUGUUGUAUUGUUACAGAGAUGAAGAGGAAGAAGCCACCCCUACUGACCAGUGUGCUCACAAGGAUGCUGUCCCCUGUUUUCUGGGUUCUCAAUCGCUACCGUCCUGAGGUGUACGAUGAGGUGACGGAGGAGGUGCGUGAUGUGUACCUGGGAGGGAGCUGCGGAGAGUCCAAAUGGCGUGAGGAGAUUGCAGUCCCGAUGUUGAAACGUCACGGAUUGUCCUAUCAGGACCCACAUGUGUCGGAGUGGGUGGCGAGACUCAUCCCCAUGCAGGUGGCGCUGCGAGAGAGAUGCCGUCUGCUCCUGUACGUCUUCACACAGAAUACUCGAGGCCUGGCAGCCAUGGUGGAGGCGGGCUACUACAUCGGGCUGGGUUGUCGUGUGGUGCUGUGUAUUCAGAUGAUGAAAGAUGCAACAGUCAUUGCUGGAGAAGAGCUGACAGAGUCGGCGCUCAAUGACUACAAUCGUGGCCGGAUGUACCUGAGCGACAUGGCGAGCCGAGAAGGUGUUCCCGUGUUCGACAACAUCCAGGAUUCAGUGCAGUGUGUAAUAAGCCAGCUACAGAGCGCAACAUAGCACCGGAGUAUGAACAAAAUCAGUAUUCAGCAGUAAGCCACACGUAGAAGCAACUAUUUUGAUAUUGUUGAUUUGAUUAUUAAGACAUUGA